UUCAGCAAGAGGUACACGCCUACAUACCGGUUGUAAAUCAAAUGUGAUAUCGAAAGGUGUCCUUUUAGAUAAUUUAUUUAUUUAUUUACAUUGCGCACCAUAAAGUAACUGUAAUGCAAACAAUGCUACUGUGCUAUAAUACACAACAACACGUAUACACAUAUUGAGCCACGCUGCCUAGCCAUUUAUUCACAUGCGUUUAAUAUAAAACAAAAAAACAAGCCCACGGUAAAAAUAAAAUAACAUAAUAAGAAUAAAAAAAUAUAUAACUGCACUGCAUUCUAUUCCGCACAGUCCCUGGUUGUUGUAAAACACUGGAAAUCAUUUAGGUGCGCUAACUCGUGAAACAACACCUCAUGUUUAAUAUCCACAAAAAGGCAUAAAUUUAGUGAGUCUGCCCGUGUUAGCUGAGUGACAGCUAGUACUAUUACGCGACUGAACAGGCUAAUGAAUGAGUAGCAAACAUAAUGCAAAAAUGCGCUGCUGUGAUUCACAAUUUCUGUUUUAUUACACAGGGCACACUGUGAAUUGAAGAAAACAAGCAAUCUGAGGGGGGGAAUGCAGUACUGAUUCGUAAGGAACAUUAGGUUAUCUUAUGUCCUUACUCGCACAUCUGUCUGUGGACAGUGAGGCGAGCUGAGAGAUUGGAAGAGAAUAUUUGUGAGCAAAGGCGUGUAUUUAAGUGGUGCUUAUUUAAAAAUUCUAAAGUCUUACAUUCAUUUUACUGAGGACUUCGAGGGAGCGGGUGCUUGUUUUCACAUGGAAGACGACCGAGGAGAAACUGCCGAGCACUGUGCUAAUACAGACUAGUGGACCGGCAGAAUACUGAACAAGUGUGCGGUCCAACCGAGUUCAUUCUAAAUUCCUAAUGAAAGCGCACAUCGCUUUAUCGAUAAGUAUUUUCAGCAGUAAGGUAAAUAAAGGCAAUUUCCACUUUUGAACCUUGGUUUGGGGAUUAAUUAAUAAUCGUACAGUAUUUGGUUAUUACCAGCGAGACUCCUAAACAUGUAAACGGAACAGAAGCCGCCUUACUAGUUACCUGCGGUAUCGGUAAUGUGAUUCAGAGAUGUUUGUAAAGACAUAGGCAAACAACAAGAGACAUGGAAGAGGACAGUGGGAGCUGGUCUGCUAUAAUUGGGAACCAAAGCGGGAUCCUCACCCCAGCCACCAAGAUCUGGGAUUUCCACAACUCUUCCAGUCCUCUGGUUUAUUGGGAUAACAACAACAAGAGCGAGAAUCGGAUCUCCACGUUGGAAAGUCAGGGUUACAGUCAAGAGCAAACCUACCGGAACUUCACAGUCGCAGCGCAGGUGCUCAUCUUCUUUGGGUCGCUGUUGGGUAACGUCAUGGUGCUGUGGUCGACCUGCCGAACGACAGUGUUCAAAACUGUGACCAAUCGCUUCAUCAAGAACCUGGCAUGCUCUGGUAUCUGUGCCAGCCUGGUGUGCGUGCCCUUCGACAUCGUCCUGAGUGCCAGCCCGCAGUGCUGCUGGUGGGUCUACACCCCACUCUUCUGCAAAGUCAUCAAGUUCCUGCACAAGGUCUUCUGUUCAGUGGGCAUCCUCAGCUUCAGUGCAAUCGCCAUGGACAGGUACUAUUCAGUGUUAUACCCCUUGGAAAGGAAAAUAUCAGAUUCCAAGUCCAGAGACUUGGUCAUAUAUAUCUGGGUGCACGCGAUGGUAGCCAGUGUCCCUGUAUUUGCAGUCAGCAAUGUUGUGGACAUCUACGCAGCAUCCCUGUGCACCGAGACUUUGGACUAUUCAGUUGGCCACUUGGUGUACGUCCUAGCCUACAACAUCACCACUGUCAUCCUGCCUGUGGUGGUGGUUUUCAUCUUCAUGAUGCUAAUCCGCAGAGCCCUGAGCACCAGCCAGAAGAAAAAGGUCAUCAUCGCCGCAUUACGGACUCCUCAAAACACCCUCUCCAUCCCCUACGUCUCCCAAAGAGAGGCAGAACUGCACGCCAUGCUGCUGUCCAUGGUGCUGACAUUCAUCCUGUGCAGCAUUCCCUACGUGACUCUAGUGAUCUACAGGACCAUCCUUGACAUCUCCGACGUAUCCGUGUUCCUGCUGCUCACUGCCAUAUGGCUGCCUAAAAUCUCCUUGUUGGCCAAUCCCUUGCUGUUUUUGACAGUUAACAAGUCGGUUCGUAAGUGCCUGGUGGGGACCAUCGUUCAGCUCCACAGACGCUACAGCCGGAGAAACACAGUGAGCUUGGAUGGCAUCGCGGAUGCUACUCAGGAGCCCAGCGUACGCUCAGGAAGCCAGCUCCUUGAGAUGUUCAACAUCGGACAGCAGCAGAUAUUCAAGCGAAGUGAGGACGAGGAGAAUGAGACCAAGUCUGUGGGGUCUGGAGAGUUACGUCCCAAGGAGAUCCCAACCACCAGCAUGGAGAUCAGGGACACCAUGGUGCAGAAGUACUCUCCCCCACACAACAGCUCAGACUCGGCCACCCAGGUGGCCCCGGCUUCCCCUUUGGAGGUAGAAGACAUCAAUGAAAAGUAUGCCAUGCAGUUUGGUUUCGGGCCCUUCGAGCUCCCACCUCAAUGGCUGUCAGAGACAAGGAACAGUAAGAAAAGGCUGCUGCCUCCAUUAGGAAACACGCCAGAGGAGCUCAUACAAACCAAGCAGCCCAAGUGCAGAGCAGAGAGGAAGAUAAGCAGGAACAAUAAAGUCAGCAUCUUCCCCAAGGUGGACUCCUAACUUUGGAUUUUAAAUCAAACAAACAGACAAACAACAUGGACCAUGUACUUUUCCCUUUCAUGUCUCUUUCUUUCUUUAAAAUUGUGCCAAAUAUUUUUACUAUGAAGCUGUUGCUCAUGUGGCCAUUUUAACUACAAAACUGUUUAUAUUUACCUUUUACUUAUUUUUCUAAGAUGGGUUUUGAAUGCAUUUAAAUGUUGACAGAUUACAAAUGGUUGUCGUUAAAUCUGCAGUUCAUGAAUAUGCACGACCAGCCCCUUACUAGCAAAGUAAAUUAUGCCUACCAUGCAAACUCUGAAAUUGUGGUAGAUCGACAUAAUGCUGAUGAAAACAUGUAAGGCAAGUGCUCAACGCCCCCAGCUAACACAGAAAAGACUUUAUGAUGCCAAAACGGAAUGACAAAAACAUUUCCCUGCUGUUUAAUUACUUAUUACUCGUUAUUCAUUUCUUCAGAAAAAAAUAAAUAUUAUUUAAUAAAAAAGUAGCACAUUUUAUUACUCGUUAUAUUUCUUUCCUUGUCUUGUUCUGCGAAACAU